AUGCGACUGCAACGUGGCCAGUGUGUGCCUCGGGCAGCUCCCGGGCCAGAUGCACCAGCUCCUCCACACUCAACUGACCAGUUGCUUGUGCCAACCGCAACUGGACACCGAGCACCGGCUGUACGCCGGUGCGUGUCGAACUCCGCUGCACGGACUUCCUUCGCGGCAGUCAGUCCAUGUUCCGAGGGCCCCUACUGGCCGCAUCCAGGGACCGCCUUCCCCCGCCCCCUGAGAAGGGUCUUCAGCGCCGCCAACCUACCCCGGUCGGUCUCCGGUCCGGCAGCCCUCGCAACCUCCUCAAAGUCCUCCAGGAAGGUCCGAACAUCCACAUCCUCAAAGGGUUGCGGCCACGGGAUCUCCAUCCUUAUCCUGGUCACGGCACCAAGUGAAAGGAAGGAGGCCAUCGCUGCGGGUAUAAAUGAGGACUUCCGGCGCUCUGAAGAUGGUAUGGCUAUUCAUUAUAGCAAAGAUGGUUACCUGUUCACUUCAAAAUAUCACAGGGAUACCACAGAUAACCUGAAAUGGUGUGAAGGCAAAAGGACUGUGAUGGCGUCUAGCGUAAAGCGCGAGUGUUUGUACAAGAACGGGUUUGAUUUGAGUGGUUCUGGAUCUACACAGCAGUGCGCAUCUCAUGAAACUCCGGAGAGUCUCGAUCCCGCGACCUCCCGGCUAGCAGAUCGGCCACGUGCGGCUGGUGAACGGUGUGAUCAACUCGCACUUAGACAGGAUAUAGCGCCGCUCAUCCUUCAAUCACGAGAUCCACAUCACGCGGUCACACGUGUUGACUGGAUCCUCGAGUAA